AAAAAAAAAAGGGUAAAUAUUCUUCUAUUCUCUCUAUCAAAAAAAUAUUCUUCUAUUCUAUCAACGAAAUUUGCUUUAAAGUCUGAUUCCAGCCUCAAUCCUUCCUGCAAUGAGCGACAUCCUCUCUCGUCUAGCAGCAACAACAACAACACAUCAUAAUAGAUUAUUAUCGGCGUGUCAGUGUUCGUGUCUGUGUCCGUGUCUGUGCUUCAUAGGCCAUAACGGUUAGUAAUAGUAAGGUUGUGUCAUCCUCUAUGAUGGGAGGAAUGAGGUUUUAUAUAAUCCUUGAAGCACACUGAAAAAGGCACAUCAAUGGAGUCUUUAGUUCUUAAACUCCAUGAAAUCUCAGCUGUCAAAUUUGGAAACUUCAAGCUCAAAUCCGGCAUCUCCUCACCAAUUUACAUAGACCUUCGCCUUGUUAUAUCUUACCCUUCUGUCCUCCGGCAAAUUUCUCAAACUAUGAUUUCUUCUGUCUCGGACACUAAAUUUGACCUUGUCUGUGGUGUCCCUUAUACCGCUCUUCCUAUUGCCACUUGUGUGUCUGUCACGCACAACAUCCCUAUGGUCAUGCGCCGCAAAGAAAUCAAAGACUAUGGCACUUCUAAAGCCAUUGAAGGUGAUUUUAAGCAUGGGCAAAGUUGCUUGGUAAUCGAGGAUUUAGUUACUAGUGGCACAUCGGUUUUGGAAACUGCUGCACCGUUGCGUGACAUAGGGUUGAAGGUCAGUGAUGCUGUUGUUUUGAUUGAUAGAGAACAAGGUGGAAGAGAGAAUUUGGAGAGUAAUGGAAUCAAGUUGCAUGCCAUUCUUAAAUUGACUGAAAUGGUCAAAAUUUUGAGAGAAAAAGGAAGACUUGAUGAGGAGAUGGUUCGGGUUGUUAUGAGAUUCUUACAAGAAAAUCAGAAGGUUGCUGCUUUGGAAAAUACAAGGAAGGUCAAGAAGGUAUUGUCGUAUUUGGAGAGGGCUAAAUUGUCCAAGAAUCCAAUGGGAAAGAGGUUGUUUGACAUAAUGGCGGCGAAGGAAAGUAAUCUGUGUUUUUCUGCAGAUGUUGGGACUGCAGCUGAAUUGCUUGAAAUUGCUGAUAAGGUUGGUCGUGAGAUAUGUUUGCUGAAAACCCAUGUGGAUAUCUUUCCAGAUUUUACUCCGGAUUUUGGCUCAAAGCUUCGUGCGAUUGCAGAAAAACACAACUUCUUAAUAUUUGAGGAUCGUAAGUUUGCCGACAUUGGUAACACAGUGACCAUGCAGUAUGAAGGAGGGAUUUUUCAUAUAUUGGAUUGGGCUGAUAUAGUAAAUGCUCACAUUAUCUCUGGUCCUGGAAUUGUGGAUGGACUGAAAUUAAAGGGUUUGCCUCGUGGAAAGGGUUUGUUGCUACUUGCUGAAAUGAGUUCAGCUGGUAACCUUGCCAAGGGAGAUUAUACUGCUGCUGCAGUAAAAAUUGCUGAGGAUCAUUCUGACUUUGUUAUUGGCUUCAUCUCGGUCAAUCCAGCAUCGUGGUCUGGGGCACCGAUAAAUCCUUGUUUCAUUCAAGCAACUCCUGGUGUUCAAAUGGUGAUCGGUGGUGAUGGUUUGGGGCAGCAAUAUAAUACUCCUUAUUCUGUUAUCCAUGAUAGGGGUAGUGACAUUAUUAUAGUGGGGCGUGGCAUCAUCAAGGCAGCGAAUCCGGCUGCGGCAGCUCGUGAAUACCGUCUUCAAGGAUGGAGUGCAUAUUUGGACAAGUGCAAGUAACGUUCGUGUUCUUAACCAAAUGGAUGUGAUGUUUCAUUUUGCAGUUGUUCACAAAUAGCAGAUUGGAUGCAGCUUUGGAAUUUUGUUUACUUCUUUUAUGUAGGAAAUGUUUUCAGUUGAGCUAUAUAUAUACCAGAAUGGCUUCAUUUUCAGCUCAGCUAUGAAUAAAUGCAAAAAAAAAAAUUUCAUGUAGUAUUUGAACACACUUUUGGAGAUCAAUAACCUGAACUUCACAUCCAAGCAUUAUGCCACUAUGAAGUUAUAUAACAC